UAGGUUCCAGGAAAGGCAUUUGUUUCCCCCGUGCCUGCCUGAAACCCACUCACAGGCAUCAGGGACUGGGCUGGAGAAGAGAAGGAGCAAAGGAGACCAUGGUACAGAGAGUGGCAAUCAUUGGAGCUGGCGUGAGUGGACUGGCCUCCAUUAAGUGCUGUCUGGACGAGGGAUUGGAGCCCACCUGCUUCGAGAGAAGUGAUGACAUCGGAGGGCUCUGGAAAUUCACAGAACAUGCCGAGGAAGGUAGAGCCAGCAUUUACCGCUCCGUGUUCACCAACUCCUGCAAAGAAAUGAUGUGUUUCCCUGACUUCCCUUUCCCUGAUGAUUUUCCAAAUUACAUGCACAAUUCAAAGCUCCAAGAGUACAUCAGGAUGUAUGCCAAGCACUUUGCUCUUUUAAGAUAUAUAAAGUUCAAGACUAUGGUCAGCAGUAUAAAAAAACGCCCCGAUUUCCCUGUCACCGGACAGUGGGAUGUUAUUACAAAACAGGACGGGAAGGAAGAGUCAGCUGUAUUUGAUGCGGUUAUGGUUUGUUCGGGGCAUCAUGUGUAUCCAAAUUUCCCAGUUGAUUGCUUCCCUGGGUUAAGGACGUUUAAAGGUAGCUACUUCCACAGCCGGGAAUACAAGGAACCGGAAAAAUUCAAGGGGAAGAGAGUGCUUGUGAUUGGACUGGGAAACUCUGGUUCAGACAUUGCUGUGGAACUCAGUCACACGGCCUCACAGGUUUAUCUCAGCUCUAGAAGCGGCUCCUGGGUGAUGAGUCGCGUCUGGGACAAUGGCUACCCCUGGGAUAUGUUGACUGUGACUCGCUUUGAAACCUUUCUCAGGGAUACCCUUCCCACCUCCGUCAGCGACUGGCUGUACGUGAGGAGGAUGAACAAGUGGUUUAAGCAUGAGAACUACGGCCUGAUGCCUUUGAACAGAACCAGCCGUAAAGAGCCAGUGUUCAAUGAUGAUCUCCCAAGCCGCAUCACAUGUGGAACAGUGGUGGUGAAACCCAAUGUGAAGGAAUUCACGGAAACCUCAGCUAUAUUUCAGGAUGGGACUGUGCAGGAAAACGUUGAUUUUGUCAUCUUUGCAACAGGCUACAGCUACUCCUACCCCUUCAUGGAAGACAACGCUAUCAUCAAAUGCAGAGACAACGAGGUCACUUUGUACAAGGGCAUCCUUCCUCCUCGACUCGAGAAGCCAACCAUGGCUGUCAUUGGCCUGGUCCAGUCGCUUGGUGCAAUUAUUCCAACAUCAGAUCUCCAAGCUCGCUGGGCUAUAAGGGUGUUUAAGGGGUUAUAUAAGCUUCCCCCAGUGAAUGACAUGAUGGAAGAUAUUGAUGAAAAAAUGGGGAAAAAGCUCAAAUGGUAUGGGCAGAGCAAUACCCUACAGACAGAUUAUAUUUCCUACAUGGAUGAACUCGCCUCUGCUAUUGGUGUGAAGCCCAAUUUUCCACUGCUGUUCCUGACGGAUCCAAGGCUGGCCCUGGAAGUGUACUUUGGCCCAUGCAGUCCAUACCAGUUUUGUCUGAUGGGACCGGGGAAGUGGGAUGGAGCCAGAAAUGCCAUCCUGACCCAGUGGGACCGGACGCUGAAGGCUACGAGGACCCGAGUCGUACAUGAUUCUCAGAAACAUUUCCCCGUCUUGAAUUUGCUUAGAAUACUUGCGCUCCCUCUUCUCCUUCUUGCUGUUUUUCUGAUGUUUAACUAAUCAACAAUUUUAAGGCUCUCAACAUGAAAUUAGUGAAUAGAAAGGAAAAUUCUUCCUGAGAAAGGAGAGGAGGGAAUCCUACUACUUCAUAUCGGUUCUGACCUACCAUGUGUGCAGAUAGAGAUGUUGAUAGAUAGAUAGAUAGAUAGAUAUACCACACGUGCAUGUAUAAACUCAAUGGGCCACAGCCUCUGCUGUGUAAACUGACAUCGCUCCAUAGAAGUCAGUGCCAGAUGUUCUUUUGGUGUCAAUGAGCAUUACCUGAUUUGUGCUCUUCUGUUUGUAUCCUAGGAAAUACUGAAAGAACAGACUCAUUACAAGGGGAAUAUUGAGAUAAAUAAGAUGUUAUCUCCAUGUUUUCUUAAACCCCAAGGCCUUCACAUCUAGAGUAUUCAGUAGUGUGAUAACUUAGAGCUAGUCAAAAAAUGACAAUUAUUUUUCACGGGAAAUUGUUUUUUAAAAUUGUUUUUAUAGUUUUAUGUUUCCCCACUGAAAUUUUUCGUCUCUCAUUGAAAAAAUGAAACCAAAAUUUUUUCAGUCUUCAAAAACAAUUUUUAGUUAAAAAAAUGUUUGGUUUUCAAAACCCAAUUGUUUUUAUGAGAACCUGUUUUGCGCACUUGGGCAGGACGGGGAAGUU